AUGGUAGAUGUAUCCGGUGAUGAUGAAGAAGUUUCUCCCUUCCUCAAAGACUUUCGCAUGCUAGCCGGCGACGCUAGCCGAAACACCUACAACCAGUCGGAUUACACCAACAAUGCUAUCAGCUACGUCUGCCUUGGCGUUGAUGGCUCUUCAUAG